GAAGGGUGCCGUAGGUCUCUGCUCUACAGUCACACCUCGCACACGGCUGUUUUUACACUGCUCUGAUAGCAACCUACAUUAGUCUAUGGACAAAUAUUCAUACAUCCUUAUCCAAAGAAUGUCUGUCACUGACAUAUGCUGAACUUUUGGAGAGGUGCGGUGUGGAUGGCUGUCAGCCGGCACGUUGGGAGAUGAUGCGUCGCCAUUGGCUGCUGGUGGGCGUGUGUGGCUGGGUGCUCCUACUGCUCAUGGUUGCUAGUCGCUUCAUCAACUUCAACCUGCGACUACCUGAUGACUAUGGGGGGAAGGUGAAGUUACGGACUUGGACCGAGCUGUCUUUCAAAACAGUCAAACCUCAGAAAGCAAUACAGCAACCUAACAAUUUGUCCACCGUGGGGGCUUUACCCACAAUCCCGUCUGACUGGCGGUCUGUGCGAGAAAGGCGUUUGGAUGUGCUGGCCAGUGUCUGCCGGAACUCUUCCAUUCGGAAUCUCACACACACUCCCAUCAACAAGUUUGUCCUGGACCGCAUAUUUGUGUGUGACAAACAUAAGAUUCUCUUCUGCCAGACCCCCAAGGUUGGCAACACACAGUGGAAGAAGGUCCUCAUUGUUCUCAAUGGAAAAUAUUCUAAGGUAGAGGACAUCCCUGAAGUAUUGGUACAUGACCAUGAAAAGAAUGGCCUUCCCCGCCUCUCCUCCAUGAAAGAAAAUGAGAUUAAAGAAAGAUUGGACACGUACUUCAAGUUCUUUAUUGUUCGAGACCCUUUUGAGCGAAUCAUCUCUGCUUUUAAGGACAAAUUUGUGAAGAACCCUCGCUCUGAACCCUGGUACAAGCAUGACAUCGCCCCUGCCAUAAUUCGCAAAUACCGCAGGAUCCAUCGAGAUCCCGACGACGACUCCAGCCAAGAACCGCCCGGAUUACGCUUUGAAGAUUUCGUACGCUAUCUCGGUGACAUAUCUGGACAGAGGCGACUCAACAGGCAGUUUGGGCAGCAUGUGAUUCACUGGCUGACGUACGUGGAGCUGUGUGCGCCAUGCGAUAUCUCGUACAGCGUGGUGGGUCACCAUGAGACACUGGACCGCGAUGCCCCCUACAUCCUCAAGGCGGCCGGGAUCGAGCACCUGGUGUCCUACCCGACUAUCCCGCCCGGCAUCAUGCUCUACAACCGCACGAAGGUGGAGCGCUACUUCUCCGGGAUCAGCAAGCGCGACGCACGACGCCUCUACAAGCGCUUCCAGGGGGACUUUGACCUCUUUGGCUACCCACGGCCUGACUUCCUGUUGGACUGAGAGAGGCUGCCCCUCCCUUCAACUCCAUGUAGCACCGGCCCUAGCAUGAGGGACGGCCAGCCUGGCCGACCUGAUGGCUUUGGCUGUUCUUUGGCCAAGUGGUGGAGCCCUGAUGGCUUUGGCCUUUCUCGUGAAUGGCAGGGAGGGCGACUAUGAUUGUCCCCUUCCAGUACCUGGGUUUCCCAGCAUAUGGUGAUGGUGGACACUCCCUCUAGAGUUUGAUGAUAAUGGUCAGAUGUUAUCGCUAUAUUGGCCAAGCAAUUGCUGCUUCUUGCUGUAGUGCAGCAACAUUAUUUAACAAGACUACUGUACACUAAAUAUGUAAUGUAGUUACCUGCUCUUACCUUGUCUCCUUUUGGAAAAAUGUGCAAAGACUUGAACUAACAAUUGCAGUAUCUCUUUUUUACAGACCGAUAAACACUCCACAACAUUUAGAUAGUGCCAGAAGAUAAUGACGAUUUGAUAACAGUUGGCAGUUGAGUAGAACAGUAUAAAAUAAAAGUCAACUUUAUGAAUUUAAGAUCAUUAUAAGGGUGUUGGUGGUGGUUGUGGAUGUUGGGGUGUUUGCGACAGAAACUAAAGGGUUGGUUUGAAUCCCUGACCAGCGUAGUGUCAGUAAUAUUGAGAAAUUGCUCUGCACAGAUGUACAACUGUGUUGUAGUGCCCUGUUUCUGCUGACAAAGUGUCCUUGUAGUUGCCAACAAAAUAUACCAUGUAGGUUAAUACUCUGAAUGCCUCUGAAUUUGAUUGCAGUGGAGUAAUACUGAGUGGUAGUAUUGUAGCAUCCAGUAGUUAUUCUGAAACCUUAGUGAAUUCCUACUCAAAAGGUCUGGAGCUGCAUUGUGUCAUGCUAGCUAGGUCAUGAGAUGAUGUCCAGUCUGUUCAAGAGGUUGUAUUAUGUCAGAAAAAUAUAUUAUAUUAUUAUUAUAUUUUAAGAUAAAUGGAAUGGAAAGGACUGUUGUGACUCCUCGUCGGUUAUAAAAAAAGAAAUUUUAAAGCAAAACAAUCAAACCCACGUCACCCUUGCUGUGUGGAUGUUUCACAUUCCCAUACCUAGGACAUAUUUUUCAGGAAAAACAUCAUAUGAAAGAAGUUGUGAUAUGUGACAAACAACUCAUGAAGUCACCACAGUCUUUUUGUCCAGGAGGAUUUGUGUCAAAAUAGCCACCUAUUGCCCCCACAGUGAUGUAGUGUGGCAGAAGACAGUUCAGACUGGGGCACUUUAGUCGUGGGUGUGCAGUGGCGAAAAAAUGACCAAGCACACGCCCAGCCUGUGCAUGAUGACCUCACUCCAGCGCUGUGAUGUCAUUUCCUGUUCACAUUCUUCCGUCAUGAUGGUCUGAAUAUGUUCAUGUCAGUUGCAGUAGGACCAGGGACAUGGAAAGGUGUUACAUUGCACUGAAAUGACUAACUAAAUGACGCAACUAGAACCUC